CAACCGCCAAGAUUAGUAGGAAGCUAUUCAAACACGAUUUGGGAGGCCGAAAAGAUAUACUUAAAAAUAAAAAGGGCAGACAGACGUGUCAACAUCCCCAUCUCUCUUGGUGUAUAUUACGCAUCUCACUUAGAAAUUGGAAUUAUCAUCACACGCUUUUAAUUUUUAUUUCCAGAAUCAGCAGCUAGAGAGAGAGAGAGAGAGAGAGAGAGAGAGCGAGUGGGGGAAGAUGGAACCAGAGAAAGACAUGGAGAUAAUAGAGAAGGUCGUAAGGAAACUAAUGGAGGAUGACGAAUUUAACGCCAAAACAUCGUCAAACUUGCCGGCAAUUGAGAAAACUGGUGGUCGCCGCCAGCAACAGCAGCAGCGACAACUCCUCUCCAAACUUCUUUCUGAGUUGGAAUCAGUGGAAGAAGAUAAAAAUGUAAGUGAAGAAUCAACAGAAGAAGGUACUGUGGAGGAUAGAAUAUGUUCAGAAAUUGAUGAAAAGAGGAAAGAAGAAGUGGAUAGUAGUGAUGAAGAAGAAGAAGAAGAAGAGAUAAUGAAAGAACUGAAGAAUAUAAAAAGGCAGAAUUCGAUAACUCACUGCCUUCUCACAACUUUGAUAGUGCUGACACUAGCCUGGCAAUUCUCUGAGGUUUCUCUAAUUUUGAAAAUCAAAAAUGGAUUGAGUAAUCCCUUCAAAGCCGUCGGUGGAAUAGUCAAAGGAUUAUGGCAAACCCGGUCUGGAAUGAUGAAAAGGGCUUCCGAUCUUCAAAAACAGGUUACCGAACAAGCCUCUCUCAAAAUUCCUCAAUUGGAACUGCCAGGUGUCGACGAACACAACCAGAAUUAGGUCAAGAACUAGUGUCUUUUUUAUGGAUCAUAGGUUCAGGAUGUUUGCCUGAACAAGUUGAUCAAUUUCCUAGUUUUUUCUUUUUUUAUUUGGGAAUUUAUGAUCAAUUGAAGCAUAUUUCUUUUGUAAAACAUGUAUUUACGUGGCCUACCUUUGAACGGCCAAAUUGAACUGAAAGCAUGAAAUAAAUCAUAAAAACU